AUGCAGAUCCUGUUGCAGGAAGGGCGGUCCCAAAUCCGGGCGCUGAAGGAGUGGCGUGGGACCAAGCUCCACAAGUCCCUGAUCCUGGUGAUCGCCGCGCUGAUGCUCCUCGGAGCCGCGGCCCCGCAUGCCCGCGCUGACGACAAGGACGAGCGCGAGGACGAGGAGGACGGCCUGAUCCACACGAUCGCCCACCUGAAGGCCAGCAAGUCCAAGACCAAGUCCAAGACCAAGACCAAGACCCAGGGCCACAGCCUGCACCUGCACCACCACCACGGCCACCACCACCACCACCCCCACCCGCCCAAGCCCACGCACCAUCCCAAGCCGGAGUGCGUCUGCGAGGGUGGCUCCUCGCUGGUGUGCUACACCAAUGACAAGGAGUGCGCCGCCAAUAAGAACCCCUUCGCCGCCUCCAAGGUGUCGCAGUGCGUCAGCGGCGGCCGCCAUGUGUACUCCUGCCUCAAUGAGGCCGGGGUGUGCCGGUCGGUGACCACCUGCAAGAAGAUCGAGUCCGGCUCCGGCACCCAGGAUCCCCACUUCAUGGGCUUCAACGGGGCGGACUACUACUUUGAGGGCGAGGCCGGCCGGUCGUACAACAUCGUGUCCGACCGCGAUGUCCAGGUCAAUGCCCAGUUCACGCGGCUGCACAACCUGAAGGGUACCUACAUGGGCCGUGUCAGCAUCCUGGUCGGGUCGCACAUGAUCGGCUUCGACCCGCACUUCGGCGCCUACAUCGACGGCGAGUCCCUCGCCGACGGGGCCAGCAUCGAGAUGAGCAACGUCGACAUCAUGUACGAGGUGGUUGACGCCCGGCCUCGGCUGACGGUCCGCACCCCGGCCUGGCAGUUUGUCGCCCGCGCCAAGAUCGAGAAGGGUCUCGUGGCCGAGAGCUACAUCAACCUGCACGCCAGCGUGGUCGGCAUGCCGACCGACCCGCACGGCAUCCUCGGCCAGACGGCGCGUUUCCUGCUGGAGAAGCGCGCCCCCGGCUCGAAGCCCGAGCAGGUGCGCAACUUCUCCGUCGAGGGCGAGGAGCCGGACUACGAGCUGAAGGACGGCCUCUUCGGCACGGACUUCACCUUCAACAAGUUCUCCCCCUCGCUGGCCGGUGGCGAGGGCGGCAUGCGCAAGGAGGCGGUCGUCCUGCGUGCCAGUGUCCGCUCGACCUUCGAGGCCGGUGUCGACGUCUGA